AUGGCCACGAGGUACAUCUUCAGAGCUUGGGCGGGCGUAAUAUUUGUCUUGAACGCGUCCAACAUCCGUUCCAUGACGUACUGCAACGUGGGAAGCUGGUUCCACCACGUGUCCACCUGCUUGUUGUCUACCUUCACGUCCUCAGACCACGCGAAGCCGCACGCCGACUGCCCAAGCGCCACCUGCCGCUCGAAUCGUCUGCCCCAGUCCAGAAAGCCGGAGUCCAUCCCGACGUACAGCUCCUUGCCGUCGAACGGGCGGAUCGCAAGCUUCAUUUGGCGGGCGUCCGCGUAUUGGAGCGCCCAGUCCUGA